AUGACGCACCUGACAAUCGCACAGGAGGAACAUCUCUCGUAUGCUAUCUGCAACAAGAUUGCAUAUGACCGUCGCCAAGCAGCGUACAUGAUCCAUGCAAUGAUGGAGCAACUGCAAAACUCACAUCUGACUGUCGACUACAAAAUCACAUUGUCCCGCCAGGUGGCGGCAGCUCGUCGGAAAUGGUGCAGAGACUAUUUCAUCGACCUCGACUCAUACUCUCUCAUCGAAUUGAUGAGAUACGCAUGCAGUGUUCAGGACUGGAGUAGAAGACUUUCCGAUCUUUUUACUACCAACGCCCGUAUGAUCCGUGAUAGGAUGUCAAGAAUCCGUGAGAUCAAUUUCAACCGUCGUCACCUCCAAUGGUGUUUUUAA